AGAUGUGGAGACCAGACUAGACCAGUACUCACUCAACAUUCCCAUUUCCAAUCUCCAGCUCCCAAGGUAAAUAUGCCGAUCAGAAACAUAGCGGUUGGCCGGCCCGAAGAGGCUACUCACCCCGAUGCUCUCAAGGCAGCUUUGGCUGAGUUCAUCUCAACCUUGAUCUUCGUUUUCGCUGGAUCGGGCUCAGGAAUGGCCUUUAACAAGUUGACUGACAACGGAGCAACCACCCCGGCUGGUCUCGUAGCCGCCGCUCUAGCUCAUGGCUUCGGUCUUUUCGUCGCUGUCUCCGUUGGCGCCAACAUCUCAGGUGGCCACGUCAACCCUGCCGUCACCUUUGGUGCUUUCGUUGGAGGGAACAUCACUCUCUUGCGCGGCAUUCUUUACUGGAUCGCCCAACUCCUAGGCUCAACCGUCGCUUGCCUGUUGCUUAAGUUCGCUACCGGCGACCUGGCUGUACCCGCUUUUGGGUUGUCAUCAGGUGUGGGCGUGUCUAACGCAUUGGUUUUCGAAAUCGUGAUGACCUUCGGAUUGGUGUACACAGUGUACGCCACAGCCGUUGAUCCCAAAAAGGGAAGCUUGGGAACAAUCGCACCAUUGGCAAUUGGUUUCAUCGUGGGGGCCAACAUUUUGGCAGGAGGUGCCUUCGAUGGAGCCUCAAUGAACCCAGCUGUUUCAUUCGGACCAGCCUUGGUUAGCUGGACAUGGGACAACCACUGGAUCUACUGGGUCGGACCCCUUAUCGGUGGUGGGCUCGCUGGUCUCAUCUACGAGUUCAUCUUCAUCAGCAACACCCACGAGCAGCUCCCAACCACCGAUUAUUAAGCCUAAUCAGGGUUUAAUUGAUUUGUCUGUCACUUUGAAACCGGAUUUUCUCCGAUCUCAUUUGAGUUUCCUAUCUCUUUCCUUGUUUUUUGUGUUUAAUUUGUGGCCCGUCGAUCUUGUUUACUUUUUUUUCAUUCCCCAUCCUCUCUCAUGAUCAUCAUGCAUGGCAGAUGUUGUUUACAAUUGCAUGCCCUGAAAAAAUGGUAUAUGAGUGACUCACUGUAAGUCUUUUUUCUUAUAUUAUUCAAAACCAGCAUCAGGGCUGUAAAUGUGACUUUUCUCCUUA